AGUAGUAUUUCAGAAGAAACAACAAUAUUUGAUGAUUUCUUUAUAGAUGAUAGUGAUAUUACGCCUCUAUUGCAACAAAAAAGUAAAGCAUUAGGUGGUAAACUAAAAGAUGAUGUAUAG